AUGGGGACGAUGGAUGUGGAUUGGGAUAUAGUGAAUGAGGUGGCAACCACGUGUGGCACUGACAGACGCACAACCUCCCGCGUCAUUGGUCUCUUCAACUCCGGCAACACCCUGCCCUUCAUUGCACGCUAUCGGAAAGAGGCCACAGGCAACCUGGAUCCGGACGCCCUGCGUGCUAUUAGGAGUAAACUGUCUCAGUGCAAGAAAGUAAUUGAGAAGGUGGGACACGCAUAUACCGACCUCUCCGCCAAGGGCCUCAUGACGGAGGACUUGAAGGCCAGUCUGCGCCAAUGCAAGACCACAGAGGACGUCGUGCUGAUAACUGAGCCCUUCAAGGAAUCAGCUCCCAAGUCCCUCGCUGCGAGAGCGCGUGCGGCAGGACUCGAGCCCAUAGCCUGCGCCGUCUUCCGACUUGGCAAGAACGUGGACUUCGGCGCCGCUCUUGUCGGGGCGACUGCAGCUGAGGUGGAGGCGGGGGUGUUGAACCUCAUGGCGGAGUCAAUUUGCAAGGAUUUUGACGUCUUGAGGGCUGCGGAACAGCUGUGUUUUCAGGUCGCCCCCACCAUCACCACCACUCGAGCGACACAGAACCGUUCAACGACUUCCUCAAACUUCAACCUCGAGAAGGACUUAGUCACUUUCAAGGCUUUCUUCGACUUCUGCAUGGCUUUCAACCGUAUACCGCCUCACAAGGUGCUGGCUCUCAACCGCGCGGAGGAUCGCAAGAUCAUUCGUGUGAAGAUGGAGUUUCCUGCUGCCUUAAUUGGGCGCAUACGCGACGUCGUUGGACAGCGCUUCCUGCCCAACAUACACCCCGCGCAUCACAAGCUCUUUUGGGCUGCCUUCGAGGAUGGUUGGAAGCGACUCAUGAAACCUUGCCUCACGCGUAAACUCCGGUCGCAUAUCACUUCCGUCGCACAGGAGAUCUCUCUGAAUGUCUUUGCGGACAAUCUGCGUCGUAUUCUCAUGACUGCGCCCUUGCGCAACGUCCCACCGCUCUCUGCAGGCGAUCUCAACGCUGUAGCCUCCUCCACCUCCCUCGGCGCACCCGGUGACAGACUGCCCGUCCUUGGUCUAGAUCCCGGCUGGCGCCAUGGCACCAAGUGGGCUGCUUGCGACCCCCUUGGUGCUGUCCUUGCGACUGGUGUCAUUCAUGUCACUUUGGGACAGGACCACCGAAAUUACAAUUCCUACAACGGUGGUAGUAAUAACUACAACAACGAUGAAGUUCAGAGUCUUGUUCGAACAAUGCGCGAUCACGGAAUUUACACAAUUGCUUUGGGUAAUGGGCAGGCCUGUCGACAAACGGAGCGUUGGUUAACACAGGCAGUAUCCGACGGUCUGUUUGCACCACUGGAGGUGCGCUACGCUAUCGUGAACGAGGCUGGCGCCUCGACCUACUCCGCCUCACCGCUAGCCGCCUCCGAAUUACCGGCCCUCGAUGUGGCGCUUCGGGGAGCGGUAUCGAUCGCGCGACGGUUGCAGGAUCCCUUGGCAGAGAUGGUGAAGGUAGCGCCGCAACACCUGGGCGUAGGGAUGUACCAGCACGACCUUCCCCCACGUCGACUUCAGGCAGUUGUGGAGGGAGCGAUGGAGGAGUGCAUCUCCUUCGUCGGCGUCGACGUCAACACUGCUCAGCUCCAUGUCCUGGCGCGUGUGGCGGGUCUGUCGCGCGUUAAGGCGCAGGAGAUUAUCAACUAUCGCAUGCGUCAUGGCCGAUUCCGGUGCCGUAAUGAGUUGCGCAAGGUGCGGGGCAUUGGACCUAGCACCUUUGCACAGUGUGCCGGUUUCCUAAGGGUCAAACCGGAGUACUCUGUUGCCAAAAUGGACUCUUCCAGGGACGUCGAGUUCAUUUCUCUCUGCACCGAUGACGAAGAAAAAGGUACUGGAGCUGAUCAAGGUACCGACGAUGUGGAGAUGGAGGUUAUUUCGGUCAGUAAGAAGCGCAGUCGUCUCGUCACUAUGGACACCUCUCCCAUCAGCAAGGUGCCACGAAUCCAACCCCUCCAACCAGAUCCCGACGAUUUCUCCUUUAAUCCCCUUGACCAGACUGCAAUUCAUCCUGCCUCAUACCACGUGGCCAUCGCCCUCGUCGAGCAUCUCAAGUACGAGAUCAGUGACGUGGGGUGCAUGGCUCUUCGCAACAGAGCAAAAGUGCUCUUUGCUUCGUCCAAUCGCGAUGCCGUGUUGGCUCGAUUCACCACAGAGGAGUUCGGCUUGGAGACAGUGCGUGAUAUUCUCGACGCUCUCUGUCGUCCUCUGGACUUCGAUGAACGAGAAGACCGUUUUGCCCCAAUGUUUCGUUCAUCUGUGAUAUCCAUAGCCAACCUGCAACCGGGUUUGGAGGUGACAGGUCGUGUAGAUAAUGUAACCACUUUCGGUGCCUUCGUGGAUAUCGGGGUGGAGGAGACAGCUCUCGUGCCCCUCCAACACUUCCCUCCGUCCUCCUCCUCCUCCACCCGCAAUAUUAGAAGAUCAAAUGCCGUUAGCGUUGGGGGCACCUGCGGUGGUGGCGAGAGCAGCAUCCUGCAGAAACUGAGUCUCCGACUGGGUGAUCGGAUCAAGGCUAAGGUUGACACAGUGUGUGUAAAAACUAAACGCAUUGGCCUCCGAGAUGGCAGUAAUUCUACAACCUCAAUUUUUAUCUUUGAGCUGUGCCAGGCCAACCCUCUGGAGCAAGUGCCAGAUGCCAAUUUCGAUAACUGCUUUGAUAUUAAAUCUCCACACCACUACCUCAUGCGGAGUUGCGCUCCUCGGUUGGGUCGGUUUCAGGUCUCUUUGAUGUGA